AUGGGAAACGCAGGGAGUUUGAACCAACAGUCUGAUUUAAAGGGACAUAACAUGCCUCUGAAACUAACCAUGCCGGAUCCAGGCGAAGUGGAGGAAAGAUUUUCCAUUGUUCUCAAUGCUAUGAACCUUCCUCCAGACAAGGCUCGGCUCCUACGGCAGUAUGACAGUGUAAAGAAAUGGGAGCUGAUCUGUGAUCAGGAGCGAUUUCAGGUGAAGAACCCCCCACACACAUACAUCAAAAAGCUUCAGAGUUAUCUAGACCCUGCCGCAAAACAGAAGAAAUUCCGCAGACGAGUGCAAGAGUCAACUCAAAUCCUCAGAGAACUGGAAAUUUCAUUAAGAACCAAUCACAUUGGGUGGGUGCGAGAAUUUUUGAAUGUGGAGAACAGAGGUUUGGAUGUGCUAGUGGAAUAUCUCUCAUUUGUACAGUAUGCUGUCACAUUUGAUGGGGAUAGUGUGGAAAACACUGCUAACUCAGUGGAGAGGUCUAAGUCCUGUAGUCGUUCUAUUGAGGAUUUACGUGUAGACCUUAAUUCUCCAUUUCCAGUCCUUGGCAACAGCAUCACACGUCCUGAGAGACACUCAAAAUUAAGGUGCAGUACACUACCCAGCCAGAGAACGCUGAAGAACUCUAGAUUACUGUGCAAGAAGGAUGACGCCCAUGUUUGCAUCAUGUGUCUACGAGCAAUUAUGAACUAUCAGUAUGGCUUCAACAUGGUGAUGUCCCACCCUCAUGCUGUGAAUGAAAUUGCACUAAGUUUGGAGAAUAAGAAUCCUAGAACCAAAGCUCUGGUGCUGGAGCUGCUGGCAGCCGUUUGUCUGGUGAGAGGAGGACACGAGAUUAUCCUGUCUGCAUUUGAUAACUUUAAGGAGGUAUGUGCAGAGACUCAGAGGUUUGAGAAGCUGAUGGAGUAUUUCAAGAAUGAGGACAGUAACGUUGAUUUUAUGGUGGCAUGCAUGCAAUUCAUCAACAUUGUGGUGCAUUCAGUCGAAGACAUGAACUUCAGAGUACAUCUGCAGUAUGACUUUACCAAACUAGGCCUAGAUGAAUACCUGGACAAGCUGAGGCACACUGAGAGCGAUCGACUACAGGUGCAGAUCCAGGCAUACGUGGAUAAUGUGUUUGAUGUGGGGGCAUUGCUGGAGGAUGCUGAGACCAAGAAUGCUGCUCUUGAGCGUGUGGAAGAACUGGAGGAGAACAUGUCUCAUAUGACUGAAAAACUGCAACAUGCUGAAAAUGAAGCCAUGGCUAAGAUUGCAGAGCUGGAGAAACAGCUAAUGCAAAGAAGCAAAGAGUUGGAGUCCAUACAGGAGGUGUAUAAAGACGCAAGCUCACAGGUAAGUACACUGCGACGAAUGAUGAAGGAGAAAGAUGAAGCCAUACAGCGACAGAGCACCUUGGAGAGAAAGAUCUGUGAGCUAGAGAAACAGGGCACUAUCAAACUUCAAAAGAAAGGUGAUGGAGACAUUUCCAUCCUUCCCUCUCCUCCCAGUGGAAACAAGCUGAGCCCUGGAAUGGAGGGCACCACCUGCAGUGGAGAGGGAGACAGUGAUGUGGUUAUGGCUACACCUGUCCCUCCACCUCCACCACCUCUGUCUCAAAUUAACAACAUGCCAAAUGGGCUGUCCUUUUCCCUCAUCCCUCCUGCUUCCCCUCUGUCUCCUUCCAAGGAGGUUUGUUCCCCUGUGCCUCCACCACCUCCCCCUACAGCUCCACCUCUUCCAGGCAACGGGCCACCCACUGUGAUCUUCAACUCAGGGUUGGCAGCUGUGAAGAUUAAGAAGCCUAUUAAGACCAAGUUUCGCAUGCCCAUGUUCAACUGGGUGGCACUCAAACCAAAUCAGAUUAACGGCACUGUGUUUAAUGAAAUAGACGAUGAGAAGAUUUUGGAGGAUCUGAAUAUGGAUGACUUUGAGGAUAUGUUCAAAACAAGAGCCCAAGGCCCAGCCUUUGACAUGAACCUUAGCAGACAGAGGACCAUUCAGAAAGGCCCAGUUAAAAUGACCCUACUGGAUCCGAACAGGGCCAAAAAUCUGGCCAUCACAUUGAGGAAAGUGGGAAAGACCCCUGAGGAGAUCUGCAAAGCCAUCCAGACGUUUAACCUGCAGACCCUGCCAGUGGAUUAUGUGGAGUGUCUUAUUCGAUUCCUACCUCUGGACAGUGAGAUAAAGGUUCUGAGACAGUAUGAGAAAGAACGCAAGCCCGUGGAGAACCUGAGUGAUGAGGACCGGUUCAUGAUGCACUUCAGUAAGAUUGAACGGCUGGCACAGAAAAUGACCAUCAUGGCCUUUGUGGCGAACUUCAGUGACAACAUACAGAUGCUAACACCACAACUUCAUGCAAUUAUUGCUGCAUCUGUAUCAAUAAAAUCUUCGCAGAAGCUCAAGAAAAUUCUGGAAAUUAUUCUGGCUCUGGGUAACUACAUGAACAGCAGUAAAAGAGGAGCAGUGUACGGCUUUAAGCUGCAGAGUUUAGACUUGUUAUUAGAAACCAAAUCAACAGACCGGAAAAUAACCCUGUUGCACUACAUUGCGGAUAUAGUGAAGGAGAAAUAUGAGCAUGUGUCCCUGUUCUAUAAUGAGAUUCACUACGUAGAAAAGGCUGCAGCAGUGUCUCUGGACAGCGUUCUCCUGGAUGUGAGAGAGUUGCAGAAAGGAAUGGACCUGACAAGGAAAGAGUGUAGCAUGCAUGGACACAAUAUGCUACUGAAAGAUUUCAUCACAUACAAUGAGGACAAACUGAAGAAACUGCAGGAUGAUGCUAAGAUUGCCCAGAAUACCUUUGAUGAGGCAGUAAAAUUCUUUGGGGAGAGCCCUAAAACUACACCUCCUUCUGUGUUCUUCCCUGUGUUUGUGCGCUUUGUGAAAGCCUACAAGCUAGCAGAGGAGGACAAUGAGCAGAGGAGGAGACAAGAGCAGAUGAUCAUUGAGAGGUUGUUGGAAGAGGAGGCGAUGAUGGAUCAGGAGAAUCAGAAGUCACCCUCCCAAAAGAGUAAGCGCCAACAGCAGGAACUGAUAGCAGAGUUGAAGAGGAAACAGGUGAAGGACAGUCGGCAUGUUUAUGAAGGGAAGGAUGGUACUAUUGAAGAUAUUAUCACAGACCUGAGGAAUCAGCCUUACAGACGAGCUGAUGCUGUAAGAAGGAGUGUCAGGAGACACAACAAUGCUGAGGUGGUUGUGAUGAGGACAGAAUGCAUGUGA